GCAUUUGGGGAGACGGCUUUGCAGCUUGAUACUGGCGGUAAGGAUCUGCAGCAGUCUGCACUUGCGGAGAAGGGUUCGUAGUCUGCGCCUGACGGGGUGAAUUGGUGGCUUGCUGUUGACGGGCCAUGUCCUGCCACUGAAGUUGUUGUCGGGACUGGUCUGCAUUUUGCAUUUGCUGGUACUGAUCUACAUAUUGCUGGGAUUGGGCUGUAGUUGGAUAUUGGCGGGCCUGUUCCGCAUAUUGUUGUGCCUGCUGGGCACUUUGAUACUGGCGUGAGGGGUUUGCCGUCUGAUAGUAGGCAGACAUGUCCGCCGAGUGCUGUUGGCGGUGCUGCUGUUCUGAAUUUGGAACCUGAUGAGUCGGGUACAUGUUGAUUGCUCCCUCCAGUUGGCGGGCCGCAGCACUCUGUUGUUGCUGCGCAGCGUACAUAGCGUACGCACCUUGGUUGUAUGCAGCUUCCGGGUGCCGUGCCUGUCUCAUUUGAUAUGCAGCCUGCUGCUGCUGCUGGGCCUGUUGCUGGGCCUGUUGCUGAGCCUGCUGCUGGGCCUGCUGCUGAGCCUGUUGCGCCUGAUGUUGGGCAUACAUGGGAUAUGCACCCUGAGCACUCUGAGCACUCUGAGCAUAUGCACCUUGCAUCUGAGCACCUUGAAGUUGAGAUGCAUACAUGCGAUACGCGUCUUGCGAGGGGUGCUGCAUCUGGGGGCUGGCACUCUCCAUUCGCGCGCGUUUGGCUGGUCGGUCUCCCAUAUUUCAGUUUACAGUCGAGUAAGGUGAGUAUCAGUGGUUUGAGCUUCUCUAUGCGAUUAAGAGACCACCUUUGAUGACCGAAAUGUGAAUGAUGAUUCUUGAGCAACGCGUUCAAGCGACGCGGAAAUUUUGAGGACAAUGACACUUGUUGGCCCACAAUUCUAGGUUGUUUCACAACCCAUACAGAGGUCUCUAGGGUAUGAGUGUAUAAGUCAAAGCGACAAAUACAUAAAUGCCCACUCAGCCACUUCCUCUACGGUCUUGAUCUGUCAUGUGGACACGGCGGUACCAUUCCAAGAAUAUAGUUCAGUCGGUUCUGCAACCUGUCACGAACUAAGCGAGGUGGAGUUUCAUGAGCGUUGGCAGAUAUUUUCGAGCUCGGGUAAUGAUUGGGCACGAAAUGACAUAAGAACAACUGGGUCUCGCAACCUUAUUCGAGUAAUGAGUGGUGACGGAUAUUCAGUCAAGUUGGCGGUGAGUUAUCAAAGUCUAGAUUAGAGAAAUUGCGGUAAU